AUUUCCAGGACAGUAACCUCUCUCCAGCCUUUCCUCUGCUGCCGGUGAACUCUGGAGUGGAACACAUGUUCGCUGAAUACUCUUUAUUUCAACAAAGUGACAAUGAAUUUGCCGCUUUGAGGGCGCACCCUGACAUUUCCACGGCAUCAGAGAGGUUUCACUUUCCGCCCCAGCACUGCACCACUCAGAGCUCAGAGCACGCCUCGCUGUCCCAGCACCCUUUGGCCCAGGCAACCAUCCUGUCUGAAGACGGAGCGAACAGCUGCUGCUCUCUCUCCCAGCACAGUCUGUCACCAGGAGACGAAGGAAGACCAUCCAGAGAUGAUACAGGUAGCAGGGAGAAGCACUCAGAGACACUAACUGGCCCUUCAGAGAAACCAGAAGGAGAGGCUGCUGAAGAUGAGACGUUCUUUCUGAGUAAGGAAAUUCCUGCCCAGCAUCUUUUGGCACUCCUUCAGAAAGAUAUCGGCAUGCUAAGCAGCAGCAGUAGUGCAGUUUCCUCCGCCUCCGAGACCUCCGUGAAGACUGCUGCAUCUUUUACCGAAGACUAUAAAAGCGCCAAAGUUUGCAAACCAGGCACUGACCAAAGAGAAGGUCCUCCAGGUGAAGCGUCUCUUCCCCAGCGGCAGACACAACAACCGGACAGAGAUUUAUCAUCCGAGGUCUGUAACAUCACCGCGGGGCUCCGCAGCACUCGACCUGACGACGGUAGUGAAGCGUUACACAGAGAGCUGCUGUCUGAGGUCGAGAGCCGCGGCAGUCGCCAAGCCGAAUCUAAAAAACAACCGCGGAAAAGUCCGACGCCACCCGUUCAACCUCUCACGCCGUAUCCCACGGAGACAUUUAAAGGCAAGCCGGUGACGGGGCCGCUCUCAGCAGGCGUUGAACGUCUCAGAGAGCAAGACCUCUGGUCCUCAGGGAACCAAACAGGGAUUGAUGGAUCCUACCUGGGUUUCCUCCCACAGUCUCAGUCUACACCUGGCUUUUUUAAGGCCCCACCCCAAUCCAGCGUCAAGGCUAAAUUAGGGCAACUUUCUGCCAUAGAAUCAAAUAAAGAGAACUCAAAUCAGUCAAGCGCAGAGAUCUCUCCACAGCCAGCUCUUCCUGCGGCUGAACAGGAUCAGCGCAAAGAGGACGCCAACUCUGCAAAAGUCCAGUCUCUCCCAAGUCUCAACUAUAUGGAGAAAGUAGACGCUUGGAGGGCAAACCAGAGUUCAGGCAAGACAUCGCUCUUUGAUAGCUUGGCACUGCAAGGAUUUUCUGGCGUCUCUCCUAAAAAGAAAGCUUACGACGCAGUAUCUGACACUCUGAAUCGCAUCCUGAGUCAGCAGGCGAGGAGUUUACAACAACCUCCUGUUUCAAGCCCUGCCAACCAGACUGUGACGCAGAUCUCCUCUGGCUCCUCUUUAAGAAGAGGGGAGGCGGUGGGCAGUGCUCCCAGCGACAAAGACAAUACUGGGUCUGCACUAAGACCCUCUGCCUCGCCCUUCGGUAGGUCACAGUCCCCCUCCUCUCUGAGCACGGUUGUCAUGUCGGCCAGGAAAGAUCAGCAGACAGACAGACGUACAGAAACAGAGAAGAGCCAGACUCGGGGCGAUGUUCCUCAGCCGAGCGCCACAGUUCAAACCCUCGGUCGGUUCAGCGACGUGUCACUUGAUCGAGAUUUGACACUCUCAAGUUCUCAAGGUAGCUACAACAGUGGAAUUAAAUUAGGGACUUCCAUUGGAGCUUCCUCUGUUGUCAGCCUAGAGGUUGAUAAUUACGCCCCGUACUGGACUUCAAAACAGUUAACACCACCACCUCCGCCGAGGCCCCGAGAGCUCAAUAUAGAAGAACGAAUUCCGUUGUAUCUUCACAACCUCGGUAUCGACCAGCCUCCCUCAACGAUCUUAACUCCAUUUGCACCCAGAGGGCCAAUCAGAGAGCCUGAAUUCUCCCCCACUGAUCUCUGUACAAUUAAAGGAUCUAUCGGGACCCCGACCAAGAGCAUCCAAACGUCUGAAGGUGGCAGUCCCCAUAAAGGAGAGUUUUCCAGGUCCAGCAUCCUGUCAGUGGACUCCAGUAUGUCCAUAACGUUUAGCCUGGACAGUCUCGGUCCAGCUGUAUCUAUCCCCGAGCGGGUCAGACGGGCUUCUCCCUUAUCCGACCCAGAAGAUAUCCAGAGUGAACACAGACUGGCAUCCUCCUCCUCCCAGCCUGAUGAAGACUCUUAUCCCUCCACACUGCAGACCAUCCAGCAACAGCAGAGAGACAGCAGCUUAACCAGCAGCCAGAACACCGUCCAGCUCGGAGACAGGUUUGACUCCGACCUCUCGUUAGCUACCGAGGACAGGCGUGGGGAUAGAGACUCACAAACGAGCCGUAGUGUGGAGCAAAGCGCAGAAGCCUCUUUUGUUAGCUCCAAGGCCUUGUUGGAGAUCCGCAAACUCCUCUCUCAGGCGGAGAACGUGGUGUCUGCUGGCUCUUCUGUGGCUUCCUCAGCCUUCCCUGCAGCGCCCCGCCUGCUCUCUGACGAUGACAUAUUCCUCUCACUGAGGAAGAAGACCAGCAGACUCCGGGACUCCUCUUUCUCCUCCUCCUCUGCUACCGGAGAUCCCAGAACUCAAUCCUCCCUGCUGUGGGCCAGGUCCUCGUCCGACUCCAUGCUGAGCUCAGAGAAACUGAGGAAAAGCUCUAUUGGUCAGGAGAGUUCAUCAGGGCCACCGUAUUAUCCAUCCACACAACCUCUUAUUCCUGCGCCGGCCACAGGCGCACACAGAAGACCACAAGAUAGCCCUGUUGGUAGAGGUCCAGGGUCGGCUCUCGUCCUCUCCCAACCAGCCCGGCGGGCAGAACCUGAAGGCUGUAGUGCCGCUCCCCCUGACAAUAAAGUCCCACCGCUGCCACCAGUUAUCACGCCUUUACCAGCUCUGAGUACACAACAACUCACCUCUACUCCUACAGACACGGCGGGUCUCACAGAGGAGGAAGAACAGACUACUCUGGAAGAUCCCGCACAGAGUAGCUCCUCCUCGCCCAUCCUCGAGGACAAUGACCAAGGAGCGGUGAGCGAUGGGAGCAGCGACAGUUCGCUGGCAGUCAGAGUGGCCAAGUUACUGCAGAGUGAAUCUCCAGCCACCAUGGUGUCCAGCACACCCAGCCUCACUGACCAAGAGGAGAGCAGAGCCAGAGAGUGGAUUAAGCUGAAGAUAUCAGGACAGCAGUGUGAACCUCUGGAGUUGGACAAAGAAGACAGAAAGCGGAUCGAAGAGAUAAAGAGAGAACUGCUGUUAAAAAACCCCAUAAAGGUUAAACCUGCAACCAAUCACGAUUAUAACAUUUUAAUCUCAUUCAUAAUAACAUUUACAAAUGUUUAUUACGUCACACACUUUAAAUCAUGUCAAUAUAUUAAAAAUAAUUAUAUUUUGUUGUUGUUUUGCCUCCAAUCUCUGGACAGUACCGGUCUAAUGCUUGAGAGCCAGGGAAGCACAGACACAGAGAGCAGUGCAGCAUCCAGUGUUCAAGCCUUGAGGGGGCAGGAUCUGUCUCAGCACGUGGAGACAUUUACUGCCCUCAGUGAUGCUAAUAAGCAGCCGUCCCAGCCACCGCAGCGCCUCAGCACAGAUCUCAACAGUGUGCAGCUUCAAAACCCUCCUCGCGCGGAUCUAGAGGCUCAAAUACGUGAGAUCGCUGCCAGAGAAGGAGUAACCCUCCCUAGGUCAAACCCUCAGGCCCUCACAUCGAUCACCAUCGCCACCCGCAGGCGCUCAACCUCCCCCUCUCCCUCCACGUCGCCUGCACCUCCGAUCAGUCCUGCACCUGAGCCGCUCCACCUGACCGAGCUCUCUACAGGAGCAGUCGAACACCCUAAAACCGACAGGCUGCCCCCCCCCACUAUGGAUAAAGAAGACAAGACAAGCACAGAGCCUGCAUCUGCGUUUGAGCCAAGCAGUAGUCCUUACACCGGAAACCAAAACCUGACAGCACCAGGGAACCAGAAGAGGCAAGAUGCUGUAGGAGGCCAGUUUGAAGAACCCCCCCCACCCUCUCUGCGUUUAGACGAGGUAUCCGUCCAGGACAGCUCUGUUUCUGGCGUUGGUCAUGAAGCUGAACGGGCCACAGGUUCCUCCACCCCUGAACCUCCAGCCAGGACAGGUCACAUAUCACAUGUCCAUCUCACUUUGUCCCCGAAAGCCACCGAUCAGAGCUCGGCCCCCUCUCUCGCUGAUGCUGUUACAGGGCUGCCACGUAGAGAGUUUGUCCCCCUCAGAUACUCCUCUUCUGCUGCCAGCAGUCCGGACGAAGGUGUCGGUUUGUCCAGUCCACCAGAGUGGUACAGCGCCAAAGAGCCAAUAAGACAACGGGGGCCUGAAAGAGUCGACACCUCCGCCCUGUUCAAAACCGCUGCGCCUCAGGGAAAGACGACCUCCACAUCCUCACAAACACCACGUCACAAAGUCGUGGUUCCACCAAGACCCUUAACCACAGAGUCACCAGCAGUGCCCGUUCUGUUGCCUUAUAAACCCCGCGGCAGUGAGGAGCUCUUCUACGUCCCUCAAACAGAAGCUGACUUCUCCACCGACCCUUCGGACACCACCAUGGAGAGCACACACACAGGCUCCGACGACGCCGUGGCCCCACGCUUCAGCAGUGAGGUCCUCGGGCACAGAGACCCGGGGUUGGACCGCGGAGUCACCUUCAGACACACAGAGGGAAUCUACAGCAAGAGGUUGAAAACAGCCGCCUUCAAAAUGCACGAGCCUGAACGCAGAGCAGAUGCAACCUCACAAACAAGUGUGACUCGAGCUCCGAAGACGUCUGCUCAAGUAUCAGUCGCCUUUACCAGAGCGCCUUUAUCGAGCAACCAAGAAGCCUCCAGGAGAGACCAGGGGACCAGCCCAGUGCAGUUCCUCUAUGAUCAACCAGAGCCAAGCUGUGAGAGAUUUCACUCAGUUCAUAUGGAAACAGUCUACUUGAAGACGAGCCGUCGUCUGGACCGGGGCUCGCUCCCUCAGGCAGACCGUGAGAGGAGAGACCGUGAGAGGAGAGACCGUGAGCUUCACCCCGCUGCCCGGCACAGCAGCAGCUCUCUGGACCAGCUGUGGCAGAGGUUCUGUGAUCGGUGGAGCCUGGAGGAGCCCCAGCCGACCAGUGACAGAGAAGCGUCGCUGCUGGAUCGGCUGGAGCGUCUGUCCCGGCUUAUUCAUAGCACAAAGGAAACUAACACUUCAGAGGCGUAUGGUCAUCCAGGAGAAAAGUCAGAAAGGAGGGGGGAAGACACUACAGGUAAAGAAAGAAAGAAUCGCAGUGGAGAGGUGAAGAGGAGCGCAGGUGGUGAGGCCACAGAAAUGGAGCGGGAAGUCAUCGGAGGUGAGCCUCGUCAUCAGGCGUGGACGCAGAGGCUUCAGGUCGAGGGAUCCUUCUCCAGCUUCUCCCACGACUCCUCCCAGAGCGAGCGCCUGUUUCCUGCAGACAGAGACGAGUGCGAGACCUUGUCCACCAUGUCCGGCUCCAUGUCCACCGUGGACACGGCGCGGCUGAUCCGAGCCUUCGGCGCCCGCAGGGUCCAGUACCUGAAGACGAGCUCCAGCCUCAGCAGGCUGUACAGCACCAUCAACAGGCAGAAAGAAGGGAGGGAACAGAGGAGAGGAAGAAACAAAGAGCCGCCUCACAUCAUCUCACUGUCAGAGACCAGCGGCACCGAUGAAUCCACAGUUGCUGCUGAUUCUGCAUCAUCAAGCAGCACUAACACCCUCCCAUCGCAGCCCGGCCCCUCCACGACUCUGGCUUCCAAGAAGGCUGUUAAACUGGUCAGCAAAGGCAUCCAAGCAGGUGACCUGGAGCUCGUCAGUAAUGGGACCCGACGCCACACCAGAGAUGUUGGAACCACGUUCCCGUCGCCUGGUGAAGCCGGAACUUCCAGGCAGAUCUCAUCUUCCUCAUCCAGCUUAGAGAGAGGAAGAGGAGGGCGGAGGAGCCCCUCUAAGACUCAGGGGUUCCAAAAACAGAGAAAGAGCAAGAAAAGCCCAUCAAAGACCUUCCCUGAAGGCGUUUCAUGGUUCAUCUCCGCUGACAACCUGAGGUCAGAGGCGAGGAAGGAGAACCGGUCCGAGGAGGAGGAGUCGACGUGGAGGCCGAGCACUGCCUGGUUUGAACCGUACAGCAGAAUCCCAGCGUGGAGAGAACCGCUCAGACAAAUCCACGAAGAGAGAAACAAACAGCCCAGUUUUACACAUCACACUGAACCAGAUAUACAUCCAAGGACCAAAACCAGGUCCUCUGGUCUGCCACGCAUCUCUCUACAGGAUGCUCUGCUGAUGCGUCGCCCAGAGUUCAUCUCUCAGUCCAGACAGAGGGUGAAGCGCCUGGCUCUGCAGGUGGAGGAGAGGAAGCUACAGGAAGCCUUCAGCAGAGAGAGAGAGGGACUCUUUAGCCGGCCUGGAGGCCCGGGGAGGCUGCCAAGGCCCGCAGGCACCGCUCUGCUCAGGAGGGCUGUUCCCAGAAAGGAGAUGAUCCAGAGAUCCAAACAGAUUUAUGAGAGUCUGCCGGAGGUGCAGAGGAGGAGAGAGGAGGAAAGAAGAAAAGCAGAAUAUCAAUCUUACCGGCUGAACGCUCAACUCUACAACAAGAGAAUCACCAGUCGUGUCCUGGGCAGAAGAACAGCGUGGCAGUGAUCAGACAGACCUGUGAAACGUUUUACUGUAGAUCAAAUCAAUGAUGUGAAAUUUUUACAAUUUUAUUAAGAACAAAACUACCUAACUUAACUGAUAAUAGCUUUUAUUUAUUUGUAACCACAUUUCUUUUGUUUCUAUUUGAAAGAUUAUGUAGAAAAGUAGAAUUCUACUUAUUUUUUACUGUUUUACACUCACAGUGGAAUGUUUUUAAUUGGUUAAAAUGUGUUUGAAUGUAAAAAAUAAACCAAAUAUCUGCA